GUUGCCUUAUUCCAACGACGGAAGUGACGACUUCAACUCUCCGUGUUUACCAACGGCAGUGAAAAUUUCGUCCUUAAAAUCAAAUUAUUUUCAAUAAACAGCUAAACCAGUUUAACAAAACGAACAGGAUACAAGUUAUUAGAGAUGGCGGACCCUGCGGUGUCGACGGGCGGGUCUCUUAACUCAGGAGGGGUAAGAAAAAGCCUUAAAAUGUCCUCUCUGAGCUGCAUGGAGCCAAAUGAGCCUCUCUGCGCAGCUUUACAUGACCUAUUCAUGAAGGAUAAUCAACCUUUUUGUUAUCUCUUCUGACACAUUCACGUUUAAGCCGUCUAACCGUGUCAUGUCUGUGUGUUUUUUCAGCGUGGGAGUGGCAGUAAAGCAGCCACCAGUCCCGCGGAGAACUACCACCUGGCCAGACGUCGGACCCUGCAGGUGGUGGUCUCUGCCCUCCUGACUGAAUGUGGCUUUGAGAGUGCUGAGAAGGCAGCUGUGGAGACUCUGACUGAGAUGAUGCAGAGCUGUAAGUCCGGUCUACAUCCUUGAACAUUGAUCUGUGUUUUGACUGUCAAACCUGAAGUAAACUGCAGCAUCUGUCCUCUUGGUGCUGCUCUUUAUUUACAGUAUUAAAAAGCAGAUGUCUUCUCUGACUGUCUCUUCGUCUCUUUUUUUUCAGAUAUAACUGAAAUUGGUCGAUGUGCCAAAGCUUAUUGUGAACACACAGCCAGAAGUAUCCCGACUCUUUCAGACGCCGUGGUCACACUCAUUGAAAUGGGUAAAAACUGGAGAACACAAACACACAGCGGCUUAUAUGUUCCAUACUUAAAGGGAUAUCCUGGUGUAAAAUUAAUUAAGGAUCAAACACACCGUAACACCGAGUUAGACAUCCCCUCCAGAGAUGAAUGUUGCCAACCACUUGCCUCUCAAGUUACCUGAACCCUGAAUUAAUUUUACGCCAGAAUAUCCCUUUAAGUUAAUAAAGAGAAAACGUUAUAUAAUGUGUCUGUUUCUUUACAGGUUUCAAUGCUGAUACUUUGCCUGCAUAUGCCAAGAGAUCACAGAGGAUGGUUAUAACUGCCCGUAAGUGGACACUCUGCUCCCUUACUGUAGAUGCAGAUGUUGAUCAUGAUGAAUUCACAUUUAGAUAUAUAUAUAUUUUUUAAAUCGGUGUUAUAACCUCUUUCUUUUUGUGGAUUUUUCUCUUUUAGCUCCAGUGACGAACCCUCCUGUCAUUCCCAAAGCUCUGUCAGCGGGACAGAAACGUCCACAUCCAUCUUACAUCCCCGGCCACUUCCCAGAGUUCCCCGACCCGCACAGCUACAUCAAAACACCUGUGAGUCAGAUCUCUCCGAUUAACAAAAAAACAAACUUAAGUUUCACCAAACAGCAGAACCAUAUUCAUAAACGAUAUCAACUCAAAUUUAGAGUGUGUUCAAGGCAUGUGUUUCUUUCUGCUUUCAGACGUACAGAGAGCCUGUGUCAGACUACCAGGUGGUGAGAGAGAAGGCGGCAAGUCAGAGGAGAGACGUGGAACGAGCACUCACGCGCUUUAUGGCCAAGACCGGAGAAACCCAGAGCCUCUUCAAAGACGACAUCAGCAUUUUUCCCUGUGAGUCACUCUGCCGAACAUAAUUCAGUUUCAAGGAAAAGUUCUUUUUCUUAAGGGUCUGUGUUUACAUGUCUCAGAAGCCACUGAAUCCAUGUUUCCAGUUAAAUUCUAACCCUUUCAACCUUUUUUAGUAAUCGCAGCUCGACCGAGCUCCAUCCCGUAUCUCAGCGCCCUCCUGCCCUCAGAGCUGGAGCUGCAGAGUCUGGAAGAGACCGACUCGUCUGAGCAGGACGACCAGACAGACAGCGAGAACACAGCAGGAAACAUCAUACAAGUAAGUCUUCACUCUCAGGAUCUGUUCAGCUGACCCAGUUUUUCUCCGCAGAAUUUUUUCCAGAACUUAAGAUAUUGAUCACAGAAUUAUAAUUUUACUGAUAUCAGGUCCUUAACAAAAGUCGUAUUAUGUGGCAUCUCUGGCAUAGAGGACCUCUGUUAACCACUCAGAAUGACCUCAUCCUCUGAUUUUCUACAUGCCCUUUAAACGUCACCAGUUUUAACAGUUGCACAGUAGUUUUAGUUAUGACUGGUUGUAGUGGCAGAGAAAGAAAGUCCCUUAAAAAUUAGCAGUAAUCCAUUCAUAUAAAAGGUCAAGAUUUUUUACUGGAACAGUGUGAUUUCAAGGUUGGAUUUUAGUGUUUAGCUCUACUUCUUGCAUAGUUAAACAGCAGCAGAGAGGGUUUGCAGAAAGUGUGUUUUUUGAUCCACAUUUUUUGCAGAUUUUUGAGUGUUUUCCUUGAAAUCAAGGCUCUAAACUCCUCUUAAGAUGUUCACUUUGGUGCUUUUGUAUAAAUUACAGCAAACUUUCCAAACCUUAAAUAAACCCACAUCACUGCAGAAAGACAACCUCUUACCUCCUUCCACCAUCUAGCUCUUGCGCAGGUGAUAGCUGUGGUCCAUCAGGUGUAAAUAUAGUAUGUCAGCACCCAGAGUGUUUGUACCUUUAUGGCCAGAGCAGCUUAAAAACUAGCAUGUGCACAGUUUUCCUUUUUUCAUGACCAUGACCAUAUGUUACGAAGUUGAAAGCUGGUUGAAGCUGGGUCUUAGAUGUCCAACCUAACUUUUCCAAUCAAAUUUCAAGUUAAAAUCCUUGUCAGUGUUCCCAAGAGACCACCACUGGACACACUCUUGUCUUGGUGGUGCUUGUAGAGACAGUGGACCUGUUAAAUUGUCUUGUUGAGCUAUAACUGUUGCUUAAUGUAACUGUGCAUGUGAACUUACUGAUUUCUUUGUUUCCCACGUUCAGGAUGAUCCAGGAGCUGACAAAGAGAACUCCAUGCUUCCUCCCAGCGGUGUCGUUCCCUCCACAAAAAGCAGCGAGGAAAACAUGAUCGAUAACCCGUACCUCAGGCCGGUCAAAAAGCCCAAAGUGAGGAGGAAGAAAUAAACCUCCUUCACCUACAGACUCACUUUUGCCUCAGUGGUUUUUGCUCUCGGCAGUCAGUGAUCCCCUUCCUCGAUUCUGGAAACAGGACUGCUGCUGGCUCUUUGUACACUGACGACUUCUACUGAAGAGAACUUGUUUGUGUUGUGUUGACUUUCAUGUUUUCAGAAAGCACCCACACUGUUAAAAACUUGUGUUGUCAUUUUCUAAGAAGCAUCACAGUGAAAUACAAACCAAACAGGAACAGAGUCUUUUUGUUAAUAAAGAAAUGUACGUUUCUUUUUGUAACUCCAGUUUCAGUCCAGUAAAUUCAACUGAUAUCUGCUGUUUUGCUGAGAGGACAACCUCAGGCAGUAAAUACAAUAAAGGCACUGGCAAAUGUCACAACAGGCUUUAAUGCAUCAGAUUCAGUCGUACAAACUCAGGUAGGCCACUCUGCUUCUGGAACUUUCUGUCACUGAAGAUAAAAACAAAGUAUUAGAUGUUGCUUUUUAAUUUUAGAAGUAUCACAAAUGAGAAAGUCAUGCAUCUCUGUGCAAUUAAUCAGUAUUAAGGAUGGGCCGAGUUCACUGAUGUGACUCUGACUUUGUUUUUAUAUCUGCAGAUUUAAGAUUUUAAAAGAUUGUUAGAACAUUUUAGAAGAUGCAGUUUUUUCCUGCUUAAGCUUAGAUAAGGAAAAACUGCACCUCUUUUUAAAUUGGUUUAUUUCUCUAUGGUGAUAACAAAUCUUUCUCCAAACACUUGCUGAUAAAAGCACCCAUCUUGCAAACCUGACUUCUCUAGUUUGAGCCCUCGAUUCCAGUUAAAAUGUUUGUAGAUCAAACUCAAGCUGAAAAAUACAGAUGUGGUUUGCAUAAGAGAAGAAAAUAUAUACUUUA